UACUGAUAAGGAUUGGGAAUAUGGAACUAUAUAAGCCGUCGAUGGAGUCGCCUCAGACCAAAUUGAAAGCGAAAGUGAAAGCGAAAUGAAAUUCUUCGAGGUGAUCCUGAUUAUAAGUUUGCCCAUUCUUUGCUUCUUGGGCGAACUGGAGGCCCACGGCAUGAUGUUGACUCCACCGGGAAGAUCAUCGCGCUGGCGCACCGAUUCUUCGGCGCCAACAAAUUACGAUGAUAAUGCAUUAUAUUGCGGUGGCUUAUGGAAACAAACCGAAAAUGAUGGUAAUUGCGGCCUCUGCGGCGAUGAUUGGAGUUUAGAGCAGCCACGCCCUAAUGAGUUGGGCGGAAAAUAUGGCAGCGGAGUGAUUGUAAAGAGCUAUACCGGUGUGACCGAGGCCGAAAUUAGUGUUAAGAUCACAGCCAAUCAUCUGGGCUACUUCCGUUUCCACAUCUGCAAUCUGGAUGAAAAUGGCAGCGAGUCGGAAGAGUGCUUUAAUCAGUAUCCUUUGAAGUUUGCCGAUGGCAGCACGAAGUACGGCAUCAGCACAACCACUGGAAAUAUCCCAGUAAACGUUACACUUCCCUCCGAUCUCAAUUGCAUCCAUUGCGUGCUGCGCUGGACUUACACUGCGGGAAAUAAUUGGGGGGUGUGCGAGGAUGGGUCGGGGGCCAUGGGCUGCGGUGCCCAGGAAACCUUUAUAAAUUGCGCCGAUAUCAGUGUUCUGUCCUCAGCGAGGAGUAUCUUCCACGAGGUGCCAGUGGAGGUGGCGGAAUCCUUGUAAAUAGGUUUUCCUUUUCGGUGGCCAAGCGAACAACUA